GUGGGGCCACCCUCGCGGCGCCACGUUUGGUGCCACGUCGGCGCUUCUCGCAUGCACACAUGCACAUGUGUCGGAGCACCUGAGGUCGCCGACUCCGCCGCCCCGCCACCAAUGACGCGGACGACCCAGCAGCAAUUUCCGAGGAGAUUCUGACAUCCAAAUCCAACUUUUCAUCCGGACUCUGCUGCUGCUACUGCCUACGGCCACUGCUGACAUGUCUUAUGCUGCUCACUCGAGAAUGAGCUAGGGUAUCAUCGUGCAGUGCAGUGCUCAAACAUACUCUCUACAUCUAUAUAUUUGUUCACUGACACGCGCGUAUACUGAUGAAGCUGAGAGUUGUAUACGUACUAUAGUCCUAAGUACCAUGGAUCGAUCAAGAACUAGAAGGAUGCUGUGCUGCGGCGACGGCGUGUCGUCGAUGUCCAUGUCGUGCUCCGACGUGGUCACCAUAUGUGGCCUCUUCGCCGUGCAGUGCAUCUACGGCCUCUACAUGAUGUUCCUCAGCGCCCUGCUUGCCGCCGGCGUCCCUUCCCUCUUCAUCAUCGUCGUCGCCUGCGCCGCUUCCUCCGUCGUCGUCCUCCCCUUCGCCCUCGCCCUUGAGAGGAAGAAAUGGCCCAAAGUGUGGAGCCCCAUGUUGGUUGUUCAGCUUAUCAUCAUUUCGCUAGGAGGGGUGUCAAUAUACCAAGUCAUCAUGAUGCUCGGUGUUGCACGCACCUCGCCGGCGAUAGCCUCCGCCAUGCCUAAUCUUUGCCCUGGCUUCAUCUUCGUCAUCGCAGCCUGCCUGAGGUUUGAGAGGUUCGACUGGAAGUGCAAGUACACCAGAGCAAAGAUCUUGGGCACUCUGGUGUGCCUCAGCGGCGCAAUGUGUGUCAGCUUCCUGAAGAACCCUACUCCCAGCAUAUCUCCAAAGUCCCUUCCCAGUGACGAUGAAGAGCUCUCAAAUGGCAAAGCCAGGCACGAUUGGAUACUUGGAUGUUUCUGUCUUCUGACGGGGGUCAUAAUCUUUGCCUGCAAUACUGUUCUGCAGGCUGCAGCUCUGAAGAGAUUCCCUGCACCGUUGUCUAUCUGUUCCAUUACCGCCAUGAUGGGGUCGAUCUUCAGUGCUAUUGUCCAGGUCUUGAUGGAGGGGAAGCUCACUGCAGGGACCGCUAACAACCUCACAAGGAUCAUUGGCGAAAUUGUGCUUGUGGGAGGCGUGGUGAUCGGCCUGUGCACGGCAUUCCAGGUAUCAAGCAUUGGUCGCAAGGGGCCUGUACUCGUCUCCAUGUUCAACCCAUUUCAGACGGUCUUCUCGGCGUUCAUCUCCUUCAUUUUCUUCGGGCAAUGGAUCGGCUUGGGAUGCUUUGUGGGGAUUGUGCUCAUGUUUGUUGGACUGUACGUGGUGCUGUGGGCGAAGAAUAGGGAGGACAACAUGUUUGCCGAUCUGGCAGCGCCGUCGCCGUCUGAAACUGGAUGUGAUAUAGAGAGUUCACUGCUGCAAUGAUUAGUCAGGCAAAGUCGUCUGACCGUGCUACCCUGGGUGCAAUCGUUUAGGCCCUGUUCGGUUACGUCGGAACGGGCUGGGAAUGGUGCGGAACAGUUCCCAACUAGUUCAAAAUUACGAACGAAGUCUGUGGCUGGGAAUCAUUCCCGUAAAACCGAACGAGGUGUAAUUAAAUUGCAUCUGGAUGUACGUACGUCUGAUUUUGUUUGUGCUUGUGAAUCAAAUAUGCUUGGAAUA